AUCAACCCCAAGAACGGCUGGGCUUGACUUUCAGAUCCUCGCAGCAGGGAGCGGGCAGCGGGGAUGGCAGUCCCGGCGGUGCCGCGGCAGAGACACCCUCCAGCGAAGACUUCAGCCUCUCCUUGCUGGACACUAACUUACCAGCUGAAGCGGAGACUGAGCUGCGCGGUUUUAUCGCUAAGCGUCUCUCUAAAGGAGCCCUGUUUGAAGGAAUGGGCAAUGUAGCAUCAGUGGGGCUGAGCAUACCAGAGUAUAAGGUUGGCUGUUAUUACUGUCGUUUCCAACAAGAGAAUCUAGAAAUGGCAGCGCUGGAAUCAGACAUCAAUGUUCCAGAAUAUGUGGUUUGUUUCUUGGGUGGCUCAGAGAAAGGUCUGGAACUUUUCAGACUUGAGCUGGACAAAUACAUUCAAACUCUGAAGAUAAAGCUUGAUUUGGAGCAAAAAACCUUGGAGACCUGUGUGAACCCCUACUUGAGGAGCUGGUUUGAGGAUGCCAUAUGCCCUAUUGAGAGAGUAGUUCAGCUCUUCCAGGAGAAACUUGCCUCUCUGUUACAUGCUGCUUUGAGUUAUACUCCUGUGGAAGUGAAAAAUGCAGAUGAAAGAACACAAAAAGACAUUAGCAGGUUCCUCGCAGCUGCUAGCCUCCAAGGACUUGUUCAGGAAGGCACAAUGACUUCCUUGUGUAUUGCCAUGACUGAGGAACAGCACAAGUCCAUGAUUAUAGACUGCAGUGGACCUCAGCCUCAGCUGCAUAAUGCAGGAAGCAACAGGUUCUGUGAGGACUGGAUGCAGGCUUUUGUGAAUGGUGCUGAAGGGGGAAAUCCAUUUCUCUUCCGGCAGAUUUUGGAAAACUUCAAAUUGAAGGCUAUCCAAGACAUUAACAACCUGAAGAGGUUUAUCCGCCAGGCUGAAAUGAACCACUAUGCCCUGUUCAAGUGUUACAUGUUUCUGAAGAACUGUGGCAGUGGAGACAUCCUUCUGAAGAUUGUUAAAGUAGAACAUGCAGAAAUGCCAGAAGCCAGAAAUGUAGUGACUGUCCUUGAGGAAUUCACAAAAGAAACAGCAGUGGCUUAA